AGCCGUUGAGCAGCGGCAGCAGGAGGCUGAAGUGACUCUGGCAAUCAUGUGUAGCAAAGCUCCUGUGAGGCUUGCUAUCGCACGCUACAGGAUUGUAUCGAUCACAACUUGGUCGCUUCUGAAGGUAGGAGAGGACGCAGAGGAUGAAACUCCUGGUUAGGCAGAAGGAGGACAAGCUCUGGAAGACCAAGGACCUGCAUGCUAGCAGCAGCAUCCCCCUGGAGUUUGGGGCUCGAACAAGCACGGUGGAGAUCGGGUCGUUCGACGGCGUCCCCUUCGUCAAGGCAACGGAGAACAAGGAGAUUGAGGAGGCGCCCACAGCUCACUGCAGCUUCUCCAUCCCUCCAGGGUCGGUGGUGAGGGUACAGAUGAGGCUCGAGGUGGCGAGGGGAGCAGUGAAUCUCGGGAUCGUGCGGGGCGACGGGGAGCUCGGGCGGCCCUUCCGAAAGCCGGAGAUGAAGGACCUGGUCUGGUACUACUGCAAUGAAGGCGCCCUGCGCAACGGCGCGAGGUCGAUAGGGAAGCAAGCUCCUCCAGCGGGGCAGGGGGACACCAUAUCCAUGACGAUCAGCGAGACCAUUCUCUCCCUCCACCUCAACGGGGUUCCUCUACAGCAGGUGAUCCCCGACGUCGUGGGCCCGAACCUCUACUUCGCCGUCCAGCUCAGCAGGAAGGGGGACUGCGUCUCGCUGGUGAAACAGGAGUUCGAUGAGGACACACUCUUCGCCAUGCUCAAGAGCACCUGGUCCUCCUUCUCCCUCGUCGGCUCCGGGAAAUUCGCGCAGCAUCCGUUCGUUCAGCUGCUGGACCAUCGCAGGGUUGCGAAGUGCGUCCAUGCGGCACCAGAUUACUUCGGGCAAGUCGUUCCCGAGGUUCAGUGCGCUGCUGUGAUUGAAGUGAAACGAGCGGCGAGCUGGAAGGUUCAGCUUCUGCAGCUCUCCGGCAUGAUCUACAUCGGAUUGGAGGACGUCGACUGGCCGCUUGGGAAGGAGUGGUGGAGCAGUGAGGGGAUGGACAGAGUUUGGUACUAUGGCAGCGACGGUUCUGUGAGAAACGGCAACCAGGUGCUCGUCAAACACGAGGAGCGAGGAAGAGAGAGGGUCGUCCCAGCUCUCAAGGAAGGAGACGUGCUGCAGGUCCUCCUGGAGGAGGGGAGGAUCGUGUUCAAGCACAACGGCAACCAGGUUGACUUUGUUGUCUCCGGGGUGAGCAUGAGCGUCAGGCUGGCCGUCCAGUUUGAGGAGAAGAAUGAUUCCAUUGCGCUGGUGGAGUGA